CCCAAGUGGCCCAGGAAGGACAGCCAAGUCCAGGCAGAAUACACUUUACCGUUCAAAGUAACGCCAUCGCCAGCUAGAAGAAUGUUACGACCCCAUUGCCCCGCGUGCGACCGGCCUCAAUCUGGCCCCGGUUCCCGUAUCUGUCCUUGACAUGCGUUGUGUGGACAACCCUGCACCUCGAUCAAAUUGCGUGUUUCCCCGUCUUACCUCUCGCCCGCGGACAUCUCCCUCGACAAUCUGGCAAUGAACGUGACGUACGCAGUUAUGAUGAAGCACGGAGCUUGUGAAGGCGAGGUGCCGACGUGUUCGUUCAGCUGAUGUUGGGCAUGGAAACUCUGGUCCUCUUUGAAGCAUAUCGAGUCCCCUAGAUGUUCCGCAGUAUGACCCAAACGAACUUACGCGGGAAAAAAAGAUGUUAUUUAAAGUAGUAUCCCGCCUUGCCUCGUCGCGGUCGGCGUCUGCUGCCAUUACCCACUCAGAAGCACUAAUACACCAAUGCAUUCACCAUCAGAGAAAAGACCAUUGACAUCGUCAACCAAGAGAUCAUCACUACCGAAAAUGAGCGAAACAGACGUCCUCAUCAUCGGCGCCGGCCCCACGGGCCUUACUCUCGCACUCGAGCUCUCGGUACAGAGCAUCCCCUUCCGCAUCAUCGACAAGGCCCCCGUCCCGUCAGACAAGUCCCGCGCCCUGGCCGUGCAGCCGCGCUCACAGGAGCUCCUCCACCGCCACCGCCACAUCGCCGAGUCCAUGCUCGCCGAGGGCACCGCGGGACCCGGCGUCAACAUCUACUGCAACAAGCGCCAUCUCGUCACCGGCACCUUUGACGACCUCGGCUUCGACGAUACCCGCUUUGGCCUGCCGCUGUGGAUCUCUCAGGUCGACACCGAGGGCGCCAUGCUGCGGCAGCUGGAGGUUUAUGGCGGUACUGUGGAGCGGGGUGUGUCGGCGGACGAUAUCAAGCAAGACGGCGUCCGCGCGAGCACCACUCUGACAAAAGGCACGUCGAAGGAGAUCGUUCGGGCAAAGUACAUUGUCGGCUGCGACGGCGCACACAGCGUCGUGCGGCACAGCGCCGACGUGACGUUUGAGGGUGCGCAAUACCCUCAGCAGUUCAUGCUCUGCGACGCAAAAGUGAAAGGCGACUACGACACAGAGCGUGUCUCCCUCUAUCUCGGCAGCAGGGUAAUGGUCGUCUUUCCUCUCAAGAACGGCGUGGUCCGCUUCGUGGGCGAAAGGUCAUCGAGGAGCAAGCGCGAGGGCGACCCGGAUAAGGAGGAGAUUGAAGAGUUCGUGGAGGAGAUGAUGGGGAAGAAGUUGGAGAUUGAAGAGACGCUGUGGCUGACGAGCUUCCGGUGGAACUGCCGUGGUGUCAAUAACUACCGCGACGGACGGCUAUUUAUGGCCGGCGACGCGGCGCAUAUCCAUUCCCCUGCCGGCGGCCAGGGUAUGAACACCGGCAUUCAAGACGCCAUCAACUUAGGCUGGAAGCUCGCGGCCGUGAUCCGUGGCGAGAAGGAGGAGGCAUUCCUGGACACAUACAACGAGGAGCGUCACCCUGUCGGACAACAUCUCCUCACGGGCACAGAUCGCAUGUUCACCAUGGUGUCGUCGCAAAACACAAUCUUUACGACGGUGCGGAACUGCUUGAUGCCAUGGAUCGUCCCCCGGAUUUGGAGCAACAAGGCGCGACGGCUGUCGCUGUACACCUUUAUCUCGCAAAUGGCCAUCAAGUACCGCAACAGCUCCAUCGUCGGCACAGCAGUCGGCUUCGACGGGCCUGUCAGGGGCGGCUGGAGGGCGCCAGACGGGCAAGUCACGGACGAGAGGGGCGAGAAGGGCAAGUGGUUGCUCGGGAUGACGAGCGCGCGGGACCACACGAUUUUCCUGUUUGCAGGCGGUGCGGCGGACGACGAGGAGAACUUGGACAAGGCGGAGGAGAAGAUUGUCACGGACGGAAGGUUCAAGGAGUACGGUGUCAUCAAGAUCUAUGCCGGGGAGACGGUGGGAAAGGGGGGCUACAAGGACGUGGACGGCGUGCUGCACAAGCGGUACGGGUUCGAAAAGGGGGCCGGGAUGGUGGUUGUGAGGCCGGAUGGGUAUGUUGGAUUUAUCGGCCCGGCGGAGUGCGUGGAGGAGUUUCUAUCAAUGUGACGGCGGGGUCUGUAUGCCGAUGGGGUUUGGAAGAGUGUCAAGAUAGCCGGGAGUAAUCGUAAUGGGUUAUGUGUCAUGGAG